AUGUCGACACCCACGCCUAACAAGCUGUCACAGGGCCGUACGCCCUCGCAGCUGACGGGGGCUACGCCGCCUGUCUCGACGCCCUUCUCGUCAUCCAACGCCGCGCACGCCGCAUUCUCGCCUAGGGGUCCUAGAUCGUCGCCGCAGCAGGUUAAGAAGUCGCCAGCCACGAGCAUGCUCGGCCAGCUGCCCAGCGGGGCCUUUGCGUUUGACAGCCCCUCCACCGCGGCAGCGCUGGGUCUGGCAGGUCCCGACGUCGACGAUUUGAGGGACGUGAGGCCCAUAACCCGUGACGAUGACCGUUUGAAGAGGUUGGAUGCCAUUCUAGAAAUCCUCAAUGUGUGUAUCYCCCCCCCCCCCUCCCCCCCCCUUCUUUUGACCCCUCCCCUCACCACCGCCUUGCAAUGGGAUAGGGCAUGGACUGACAAAAGUACACAGCAAAAGAAAGGGCUGGUGAGCGAAGCCGGACUCGAACGAUUGGCACAGCGCAACGGAUUCGACUGCCUCCCAGAGGACUAUACCGCUCCGGACGGGCGUAAGAUGCGCGCGCUCAUCAUAGCCGGCUCGAGCACUCAGAUCGAGAUUGUCUUGGACAACAACAUUGUGCGCAACGUGACGCUCGCCUUCCCCGAAUCGUCGGACCCGACGUCGCGCCACAUGGACCCGGCGAGCAAGAUGCUGCUGCGCGACCUGCGCCUACCGGCCAGCCAGAGUCCGCUGACCAAAUCUCUCGACGAGUUCGCCGCCAACCUGGGCCGGCUGGCGUCACUUGACCGUCUGAGCAUCAUGCCCGACUUUGACUGCCGCGCCGCCCUCGUGGGCCUGUACACCAGCCUCGACAGGCUGUACCGCUGGGACCUGGACCGCCUGCGUGCCGAGGGCGUCGAGUCGGAGAGGAUGGCCUCCCUGCUGGCCAUGUGCACGCGUCACGGACGACCGGCCAUGCACCCGCGCAACCAGGUCGGCUUGGCCCUGCAGUACUGGAAGGAGAAGAGGCUCAUCCCGCCCGCCAGCGAGGCUACCGCUCGCCUGGCCGACGACCGAGAGCGCAUCUGGUCCCUGGCUGUCGGGUGCGCCCCCAUGGAUAAUAGCCUGCAGACGUCCCCGGCCCGCAUAUCUGACGACUGGAUCUCCAAGGACGUGACCACCAAGCAGCCCGACAACGACAACGACGGCCAUGACAAGUCGCUGUCGCUGCCGCCCCAGCUCGACUGGCAGGAGCCCGACUACGUGAGGCUGCCGGCCGCCGCCGACGCAACCAAGGAUACAGCCAUCGAGAUGAUCCAGCCGGACCUGUCGACGGCCCGGGUGCCUCCCGUCAUCUUCACUGCCACGUUCGAUCCGCCCGUCGUCCUCCCCCAGAGCGACUGGAUGCGCCUGUACGCCUCGGCGGGCAUGGAAACGCCCGCUCCGCCACCACGUCCUCCGACCUUUGACCAGCUGCACUUCCCCAUACCGUCAGGCACAUACUCCGACCCCAGCGAGCGUAGGACCAUUAUUCGCCGGCGCACCGUCGCCGUACCUGACCGUGGCAACAGGUCGGCCGUCACCACCAGGACACACCGCAACUCGCUGUUCAUCUAUAAGCAGAUAUACUCGAUGCAACUGUCCGAAAUGACCUUUUCCCACCCUAGGCAGCUGGUCCACAUGCUUCCUUGCCUACGACAGUGGGCAUUCACAUCGACUUUACUGAGCAAUAGCUUUGGAGGAUCUGAUUCUCAAGGUAUCAAGGAUAAUGGAGAUGUAGCGGCGGUGACGGCAGCAGCAGCAUCGGGAAUAUCUGGCGGGUCGUCAUCCGACAAUAAUACCAACAACAACAACAAGACUAAGAGUACAUCUACCACACGUCCCAAUGUUGUUGCUCUGGCUGCCAAGGACCGUCUAGCCGAAUUUAUGCAGUCCAGCAUGACGAUAUCAUCACAAGGCAAGGACGGCGGCAGCAGCAGCAGCAAUGAGAGUAAAAGGCAGGAGAAGUGGAAGAAGGGAGAAGAUGGUGAUGAUGGGCAAGCCACCGAUCUGAGCCUAGACGUCACCCUCUGGGUUCACCCUACCCCUCACUUCCAGGUCAUAUUCCCCUUUGGCGGCUCCAAGGCCGAUAUCAUGCUUCAGAUUCUGGAGAACGGCGUCGUCGAGGUUGUCCACGAGAACGUCCUGUCUCUCUUGUCAGAGGAGAGGAGGAAGACUAGCGGGGUCACGAGGGAGACGCUGGCCAAAGUGCUGGAACACAUGGAGGAUUUGUGUAAGUGGGCGGAAUGGAUUCGGUCGAGGCUUUCCUACACGUAG